AUGAAAUCGGAGCAACUGCGCGCGGAGCAGCAGCGCCUGCAGUCGGAGCAGCAGCACACGGCAAGCGUCCCCGCCGUAGCAGGCGACGGUGAGGGCGACGGGGAUCAGUCGCUGCGACCCGUGCACGCAUGGCAGGAGCAGCAGCAGCAGAAGCAGCAGGGGCAAGUGGCUGGGUCGGAUGAGAAGGCCCUGCCACUGCAGCAGCAGAAGCAGCAGCACGAGUCAGGGCAACAGAAGUCGCACGAGCAACAGGAGCUGGGAUCGCAGCAGAAUGAGUGUGGGGGGGAGAAAGGCGAGCAGGAGUCAGCGUGCUUUGCCCCGUCAGUGUGCACACCCCAGCCCCAGUUAUGCCGCCCGCCAAGGGCGCAGCAGCGGUACAGGCAGAGCGAGAGCGGGCAGCAGGAGGAGGAGGGGGGGGACAGCGAUCAAGCCUUUUGCUCCUCUGCCGCUGGUGCAGUGGGUGGUGAUGGCGUGGGUGGUGUGCAUGGUGUGCGAGGCAGUGGCAGGCAUGGCAGGGAUGCGGAGAUCCAUGCGGUGAAGGAGCAAGUGUUUGGCAUCCAGGGCCCAUUCAACCCACACCAACUUGAGAUCAUCCGAGCGCUACUAGCGCGGCCGCCGAGCAAUGUGCUGGCGGUGCUGCCGGCGGGCAGCGGCAAGAGCCUGUGCUUCCAGCUCGCCGCCGUGCUGCUGGGGGGCGUCACCCUCGUCGUCAGCCCCUUCCGCGCCCUCAUCCGCAACCAGGUUUGA